CCAGAAGGAUCCAGAAUGCAGUCAUCUAAAAUAUAUAAAUUUUGCGCUUUAUUAAUUUUACGUUGCUUAAGUUUAACAAAAGCUAGACCAGUGCAAGAAGAAGUGCAGCACCGAAUCGUACAACCCACUUGGCUCGCGAACAAUAAUCGCGCAGAAAUGCCUUCCGAUGGCAAAGUACGCAUAACGCCGGAGAAUCUGCGCGAGACAGCUGAGUGGCGUGCAAUCAUACAAAAGGCAGUUAAUGAGGGGCGUUACGCGGUGGACUUAGAUCACGAUCUAUCAGAAUUUAAUCCAGAAGAGUAUUUCCGGUCGCAACCCUUUCCACAACCGCCGCCACAAUUCGGUCCAUCGCCACAAUUCGGUCCACCGCAACAAUUCGGUCCACCGCAACAAUUCGGUCCACCGCCACAAUUCGGUCCACCGCAAAAAUUCGGUCCACCGCCUGUAUCGCCGUUUAAUCCACCCUGGCUACCGUUGGCACCGCCGCCGCAACUUAAUCCUACGCACAGCAUGUGGAACGAUUUUAUGGAGAAUACGCGCCGCUUUAGGGGAAGAAAUUAAGUUAUAAAAGAUAAUAUUUGUAUAAGUACCGUUGUUUUUU